CCCAUCCCACCAAAAUCAUUAUGCUUUCACCAGCAUGUCUCUACUUACAGGCACAGAGCCCAGGAUGAGGAGGCACCUUCUGAGCAGGGUGAUUCUAUGGGAGAGUCACAGGUCAGGACUCCAAAGCCAGACCCAUCCACGCAGAAGGCUGAGCCCUGUGAGACGUGUAGCUCUCUGUUGAAAGACAUUUUGUUCCUGGCUGAGCAGGAUGGAAUGUACCCUGAUCAAGACACGUAUGCUUGCGGGAGAAAGCACUAGCAGCAAAAGCAUCAGAUUAGAGUGAAAUUUUCCAGAAAGGACAAGGGGAGGCCUUCAUUUGGGAAGAACUGCAGCGUCCACAUGGCAGAGAGGACCUUGACGUGCAGGGAAGGUGGGAAGGACUUCCCAGCCAGCUCAUGCCUUUUCCAGCAAUAUGCUCUUCACAGUGAUUGGAAGCCACAUGGAGACACUGAAGGAGGAGAGGCCUUUCAAAAUGGGCAAAACGAUUACAGGCGCACUCAGGAUGGGAAAGCCUUCAGCCAUAAUCCUAUUCUUGUUGACCAUGAGAAAAUCCAUACUGCAGAAAAGCCUUAUGAGUAAAGAGAACGUGGUGUAAGGCCUCCCUUAGAAACUCCCACCUUGAUCAGCACCAGAAAGUCCACAGUGAAGCCAGGCUUUAUGGGCACCCUGAAUAUGGAGUAUUCUUACCCAGAUACCGGGCCUCGGUGACCACCAGAAAAUUCACACCAGGCCAAGGCCUUUUGCAUGCACCUGCUGUGGGAAGGCCUUCCUUCGUCUGUCCCAACUCUUUGCUCACCAGAAAGUCCACUCGAGAAAGACCUUAUGGUUGCAAUGAUUGUGGGAAAUUAUUUAGGAACCGCUCCACAGUCGUUUGACACCAGAGAGUUCACACUGGGGAGCUGCUUGAUAAGUGCAGCAAAUGUGGGAAAGCCUUCACUCAGAAACAUAAACUUGUCAAGCACCAGAAAAUCCACAGUAGAGAAAGGGCUUAUGAGUGCAGCGGAUGUGGGAAAUUCUGGAUGGCUCCAUGCUUGUUAUUCAUCAGAGAAUUCACACUGGAGAAAGGUCUUAUAAGUGCAGCAGUGUAGGAAAUUAUUUAAUUGCUGCUGCACACUCCUUAGACAUUGGACAAAAAGGCCUUAUGAGCACAAGUAAGGUAGGAAAUUUUUGUGGUACAACUACAGACUCAUUACACACCAGCCAGUUUAUGUUGCUGUGACAUGAGAACAGCAAAUAUGGGAAUGACUGCAUACAACUCUGGCCUCAUUAAACAUUGUUGAGUUUGUGCUUGAGAAAUGUCUUCUGAGAGCAGUGAAUGUUGGAGCAUCUUUGGUCAAAACUCCUGUCCAUUUGGCUCCAAAAAGUUCACACCAGAGAAAGAACUUAUGGGUGCAGCAAAUGAAGAAAGACUUCAGCCAAAGGCUGCUCUGAUUGGCACUGUCAAGUACUGUUAUGUACUUAUGGGUUUUUUUCUUUUUAUUGUGUUAAAAUACACAUGCAAAAAAAAUUUGCCACUUUAAGUAUUUUAGUGUGCAGUCCAGUACUGCUAAGUACAUUCACAUUGCUGUGCAAUGAAUAUCCAGAACUUUCUUCAUCUUGCAUAGGUGAAAUUGUGCCCAUUAUUCAACAAUGCUGAUUCCUCUCUUCCUCCAGCCCCAGCAGCCUCCAUGCUUCUCUCUUUGAAUUUGGGCACCCAUGCUGCCUCACAUCAGAGGAAUCAUACAGAUUUUGUCUUUUUAUAAGUAACUUACUUCACUUACUGUAAUCUCAAGUUUCAUCUAAUAUGUGGCGUGUUUCAGGAUUCUUCCUUUUUAAAGUCGAACAGUACUCCAUUUUAUGUGUAUAGCACAUUUACUUUCUCCAUUCAUUCACCUGUUGAUGGACACUUACCUUGUUUCCACGUUUUGGCUGUUAAGAGGCUGCUGUGAGGAUGUCUGCACAAAUACCUCCUCGAGAUCCUGCUUUCCAUUCUUUUGGGUAUAUAGCCAGAAGUAGAAUUGGUGGAACAUAUGGUAAUUCUGUGUUUCGUGUUUUCAAGAACUGAGGAACUGUUUUCUAUAUCAACUGUACCAUUUUACAUUCCCAUUAAAGGUCCAAAAGUGUUCCAGUAUCUCCACAUCCUCCUCAGCAUAAUUUUAUUUUCUGUUUCAUGUUUAAUAGCAGGUGUCCUAAUGGAUGUGAGGUAGUAUUUCAUUGUGAUUCUAUUUAGUAUUUCCCUAAUGAUUAAUGAUCAUGUACUUCUUGGCCAUUUGUGUGUAUAUUCUUUGUGGAAAUGUCUAAAUGUGCCUAUUUUUUAAUCAGGUUAUUUUAUUGUUGAGUUGUAGCAGUUUUUAUAUAAUCUAGUUAGUAACCACUUAUUGAAUACAUGAUUUGCACAUUUUCUUGGCAUUUGAUAGGUUGCUUGUUCACUCUGUUGAUUGUGUCCUUUGAUGCACAGAAGAUUGUAAUUUGAUGUAGUCCAAUUUAGCUAUUUUUGUUUUUAUUUCCUGUGCUUUUUGUGUCAAUGCCAUGAAGUUACUUCCAAAUCCAAGGUUACAAGAUUUUUCCCUGUGUUUUCAUCUAAAAAUUUUAUGGGUUUACGUCUUA